AUGAGAUCGUCACCAAGAACCAACCGUCACUUCAGAUAUGCAGCUCUGAGUCUGUGAAACUGCAUAUCCAGCAUACAAAGAGAGGCAUACGAGCUCGAUCAUCAUGGGCAGCGCCUGCUCAAGGAAGAGAGGCCAGCUGGUCCAUGAGGACGAACUGUACAGUGUCAAGUUCUCCAAGAGCGGCAGCUUCAAAUGGCUGCUGCACACGCUGUCACGCAGCAGCUCCGACGUGCUCCGGAAGGCGCAGGGGCCUGCACCAGGCCGCCGCCCGUCGCUGGUGGAACUUUGCGUGGCCAGAGUCCGUCAGGACAUAAGUAGGUAUUCGGAUUUCUCCAUGCUGCCCAGGGAUCUUAGCCAGCAGAUUUUCAAUGAAUUGGUGGAGUGUAGCUACCUCACCGAGGAGUCGCUGGGAGCUUUUCGUGACUGUGCUUUGCAGGAUAUUUGUCUGGAGGAGUACCCUGGAGUGAAGGAUGCUUGGAUGGAAGUAGUCGCUUCUCAAGGGCAAUCCUUGCUAUCUGUUGACAUAUCUUGCUCCGAUGUGACUGAUAGUGGAUUGAACCUUCUCAAGGAUUGCUUGAAUAUGCAAAGUUUGGCAUGUAAUUACUGUGAUCAAAUCUCUGAACAGGGACUUAAAACAGUGUCAGGCCUCUCAAACUUGACAUCGCUGAGCCUUAAGAAAUGUUCUGCUGUUACCCCAGAAGGAGCAAAAGCCUUUGCAAACUUAGUUAAUUUGGUAAAUCUGGAUCUUGAGCGAUGUAUGAAUAUUCAUGGUGGCCUUGUUCAUUUGAAAGGUUUGACAAAACUGGAAACACUGAACAUGAGAUAUUGUAACUGCAUCACAGAUUCAGAUAUGAAGUAUUUAUCAGAUUUUACGAAUUUGAGAGAGUUACAACUAUCUUGCUGCAAAAUAAGCGACCGUGGUGUCUCUUAUCUGAAAGGUCUAUCCAAGCUAUCUCACUUAAAUCUGGAGGGCUGUGCAGUGACUUCUGCUUGUUUGGAGGUUAUAUCAGGAUUGGCCUCAUUGGUCUUGUUGAAUCUGAAUAGGUGUGGCAUAUAUGAUGAAGGCUGUGAGAACUUGGAAGGUCUUGUCAAAUUGAAGGUUCUUAAUUUAGGGUUCAACCGCAUUACAGAUGCUUGCUUGGUUCAUCUAAAAGAAUUGAUCAGUUUGGAGUGUUUGAACUUGGACUCAUGCAAGAUUGGCGAUGAGGGGCUACUACACCUGAAAGGCCUUUUGCAGUUAAGAAGUUUGGAACUGUCGGACACUGAAGUCGGGAGCAAUGGACUUCGUCAUCUCUCUGGUCUUCGCAACUUGCAUAGCAUGAAUCUUUCUUUUACAUUGAUUACGGAUAUUGGUUUGAAGAAAAUUGCUGGCCUGAAUUCACUGAAGUCAAUUAAUCUUGAUAAUCGUCAAAUCACAGACAAUGGCUUAGCUGCUCUUACAAGUCUCACUGGGUUAACGCACCUCGAUCUGUUUGGAGCUCGUAUAACUGAUUCUGGGACAAGCUGCUUCAGAUAUUUCAAAGGUCUACAGUCUCUCGAGGUCUGCGGUGGGUUGAUCACAGAUGCUGGAGUGAAGAAUAUCAAGGACCUCAAAGCUUUGACGUUGCUCAACCUAUCCCAAAAUGCAAACCUUACAGACAUAACCUUGGAGAUUAUUUCAGGCCUGACUGCUCUGGUCUCGCUGAACCUGUCCAACUCCCGGGUGUCCAACGCUGGCCUCCACCAUCUGAAGCCGCUGCAGAACCUGCGCUCACUGUUCCUGGAGUCCUGCAAGGUUACGGCGUGCGAGAUCAAGAAGAUUCAGCUGGCUGCCCUUCCCAACCUGAUAAGCGUGCGACCAGAGUAAUCUGGUAAUUGGCACCUUUGUCCGCCUGUACAUAACCACCUCAUAUGCUAGAGCAGGCAGAACGGCCCUGCAUGUCUGUACAUAGGUCUUUGAACUACGGGUCUGAUCUGAAUAGACCGAGAAGUAUUUACUUAUGCCGUCUGGUUACUUGCCAAAGCUGAUGCGAAGAAACAACUGUAAAUAUGUUUGUGCUUCCUCCGCAUUUGGGAUGGUAUGUAAUGGUACGUGUAAAUAUCUGGUGGUGUCACUAAACAUGUUUGCCUGCUGCUAUAUAGAUUUGUAUGAAUCAGGUUCGAUGUCAA